AUGCUACUACUCACCGACUUCGUAGCGCAAAUGGCCGCAACUAGUCCCCAUCUCAGCACCACUCUCACUGUCACCGACCUCGUACGAUUUAUCACCUUAGCUUCCGAGCUUCACCAAACAGCUGGAAAAGCCAUCCGGCUCACACCUCACAAACCAACGGUGCUACCGUUCCUCACGACCGCACUUUCACCUCAGUUGCCCAACCACCUCAUCAGCGAUCUAUGGACUUUGGCGUUUCCACUGUUAAACUCGGCACCGUUUGAACCCAAAGUUGCCAUCCGGACGUUUGGCCUUCAAUUCAAGCUCCCCGAAAGAUUUAUACGACCUCCUGUCACUCAAUGUCUCGUUUGCCCAGCUUCUCGCAAUUUACACGUCCAUACGCGACUGAAUGGGUAUCUCUUUGACACUGAUGGUGUGCAUUCGGUCCAGACGGUCAUACUUGAUUGCCCAGGCUGUGGGACUCCGUAUCGCCCUAGUUAUUACACGACCGCUAAAACACGCCACUAUUAUACCUUAGCCAUGGGACGUGACGUGGAAAUCCUCCACGUUCAUUGCCACUACUACAUCACAAAUCGUUUGGGACACAUGUUCCGUGUGAUUCAAAUGCUCGCUCAUGUCUCGCACUUCAACCUGACAAACUGGUACAAUGAAGUUUACGUUGAAGAUUCCGAUGUCCCUCAAUUUGACUCAGGACAAGUGUAUACACCGGCCAUGUCAGAGGCCGUCUGUCUAGACAGCCUCGAACUGCGAGAUCUCCUCGCCCAUGAAGAUCGGCGAGGUAACCAAGUACUCCUUCCUGCCACUGGCACUGAUGACCUUCGAUUCGACGAGGCUAUUGCCUCCCAUUUGGAGAGGCUUGAUGUUGAAGGCACCAGCUUCCGCGAUCAUUAUUGCAGUAGCUGUGUGCGUGUCAAAUCCGGUGGGGUGGAUCCUGAGACGGGCGAAGAAGUGUAUUAUGGCAUUCGUGCAGUCGUGACCAAUGGGCUAACCAUCGGCCACUGGCGUUGCAGUGCAUCCACCGACCAACUGGAGGAGAUCGCUAGAGAGUCUGGACAACCGCGGCCAGAAGGGCCUUGCACCAAACCCCUGGACAAAAUCAACGAUUGA